GAGCUGGAAAGUGCAUUGCCAGGCCUCUCAGAGUGUCAGGGGAAGGCUGUAUCCUCAGCUAAUGACUAUGCACAGACUGUGGCUUUAAGAUGCCAGGAAGCAGUUGUGAGGUUUCAAUCAAGAAUAGAUCAGAACACAGCCAUUUCACCAAAAGAAGCAACUGAGCAAUUUAACGGCUUAAAUGAGAAUUCUUUGUUGAAGCUACAAGCCCUGGAAACUGAUUUGUGUGCUGCAUUUCUGCCAACCCAAGAAGAAACUCCUCAGCUGCCGGCACCCAAGGAUCCAGCGCCUUCAUCAGUCCAAACCAGUGUGCAAGCUGAUGGGGCCAGUUGUGGAGAGCCUGUGCCAGCCCACAGAGACUGGCAGAAUGACAUGGACAGCAGCCCACAAGAACAUCACUCCCUAGGGACCAGUCGACUGCUGUAUCACAUUACAGAUGGAGACAAUCCUCUUGUGUCACCACGCUGUUCUAUCUUUAGCCAAAGCCAGAGAUUUAAUCUAGACACAGAGUCUGCCCCUUCUCCACCAAGUGCUCAACCUUUCAUGAUGCCAAGAAGUUCUUCUAGAUGUAACUGUGAAGAGUGCAAAGAACCACAAACAGUAGCACAACUUACCAAGCAUCUUCAGAGUCUCAAGAGAAAAAUUAGGAAGUAUGAAGAAAAGUUUGAGCAAGAAAAAAAAUACCUGCCUUCACAUGGUGACAAGACUUCCAAUCCUGAAGUUCUGAAAUGGAUGAAUGAUUUGGCCAAAGGUCGUAGGCAGCUCAAAGAGCUGAAACUCAGAAUGUCAGAAGAGCAAAACUGUACCUCCAGAGCACCCCAAAGAAAUGAUCAUUGUGAAAGCACGGGCACCUCUAAAGAGGCUGGGACACAGGAGGCCACAAGCAUGGAACCAGCUCCCUCAGUAGAAGAAACCAUGGACAGUGUAUUGAGAAGAUUAAAGGAGAAAAGGCAACACUUCAACCUUCCUGAGACUAUUAAGGAUAUGACAAAAAAGCAAAUGGCUUUGGAAAAAAUCAAUCUUCAGAAAUGUCUACUAUAUUUUGAGAGUAUUCAUGGACAACCUGUAACUAAGCAAGAAAAGAGUCUCAUGAAACCUCUUUAUGACAGAUACAGAAUUAUAAAGAAACUUCUUGCAACUCCAUCUUUGAUCACAACAAUUCAGGAGGAGGAAGACUCAGAUGAAGACCAUUCUCAAAGCAGCCAUGCGUUAUCAUUCGGUCCAAUAUCUUGCCUCCCUGUCGAUGAGCACCUGUGUUACUCUCAGGAGGAGAGUGAGCCUGCAUAUGUUUCACCUCUGGAUGAAAAGAAAGCUUUCAGGCAAACAGCCUUGUCUAUGUCAAAUUUACAUGAGGCAACAAUGCCUGUUCUGCUUGAACAUCUCAAAGAAACAAAAGAAGACAAGAAAAGGCUUCGCAAGGCUCUGAGAGAGUUUGAGGAACAGUUCUAUAAACAGACAGGAAGGAGUCCUCAAAAAGAAGACCGGGUGCCAAUGGCUGAGGAAUACUCUGAAUACAAGCACACAAAAGCCAAAAUUAGGCUCUUGGAGGUUCUCAUCAGUAAGCAUGACAUUUCCAAAACAAUUUGAAGUGAAUGCAGUGCCGUGGUAUUGUUCACUAG